UGAAAAUCUGAGUUAAAUUUUGCUCUUUGUACUAUUAUUUAAAAUAGCUGCAUUCGCGCACACACCAUCAAAUAAUCCAUAAAAAAAAAAAAAAAACAAAAAAAAAACAGUAAGAUGCUGCUACUUCGCCGUUGCCACAAGUUAAAGUUGCGUCCAUUGGCCCGUCUUUGCUCCGCCGAAUUGAUACAUAAGGAUGGCUUCAUCGAGAAGCUGCGCCAUAGUUUCGAUGAAGAGGAGCGUAGUAAUGUGGUGGUGCCCACGUUCAAAAAGGCUAUGCUCUAUCCGGAUGAGAUCGCCGUGAAAGACAUCAAUGGGGAGUACACUUAUUUUCAAUUGUAUAUGGCCGCCAAACGUCUGGGCAUUCAGAUCUCAAAUAUAUGUGGCGGCGCCGCGCUUUCGAAUGUAACAUACUUGUGCUCGAACAACGCCCUGUGGAUAGCUAUACAAUGGAGCUGUUGGAUUUCCGGACAAGUGGCAGUUCCACUGGAAUCCGGCCAGGCGAUAGAUCAAUUGCAACGGCAGGCAUCGAACUGCAAGACCAAGCUACUGAUAGCCACUAAGGAAUUUGAGUCACUUGCCCAGGAAUUGUCGCAGGGUGUGAAAUCAGCUACCAUCAUAUUGGAUCACUCAUUUCUCCCGACGGCGGAGAGUGUAUCCUCGACAUCGAUGUAUGCCAAACAGCUGGUGGCGAUCCAGGGUGUUAUCGUAACGGAAAAUACGUUUCCAAACGAUUUCUAUUCCAAGGCACCAGCCAUGCUGAUCUAUACGCCCAAUGCGGUCAAUAGUCCCAAGCCAGUGUUGUUGACCCAUCGGAAUAUCGAAGCUCAGAUGCGAUGUUUGAUCGGAACUUGGCAUUUGGGACCUACAGACUGUAUGCUGCCAAUACUAUCCAUGAAUCGAAUGCAUGCCGCCUUGGCAGCAGUUCUCAGUGUGGGCGGUAAUGUGGUGUUGCAGCAAAAAUUCGAUGGUCACAAUGCGUGGAGUGCUCUAUUGGGCAUAAAUAGCCCAUCCAAGCAACGGGUCACCCUCUUUUUGGCCAUGCCAAUUGUCUACAAGCGUCUGAUUGUCGAGUAUGAGAAAAUGUUUGCCAAGGAUUCGAGAAUGGUUGAGUACAUUGUGAAUCAUUGCCGGCAAAAGAUACGAUUGAUGGCGACAGCUUUUGCCUUGCUACCGGAUUCGGUGUUUUACAGAUGGCGCGAGAUAACGGGUCAAAAUAUAUACGAAUACUAUGGAAUGAUGGAAACGGGAUUGGUUUUGGGUCAUCCGUUAAAUAAACGACAACGUGACUCUCCACAUAAUGGUCCAACAGCGGUUGCUAUGGCCAAUAAUACCGCCCCCAACGAUUAUCGACCGGGUACGUUGGGUUCGCCGUUGAAGGGAGUCACGGCCCGAUUGAUCAGUAAUAAGGGUGACGAGCUAAUAACCUGCAAAAACGAACUCGGUGGAUCCGUGGAUAGUGGCCUAAUACCGGUGGAGGAUAUCGGCGGCGAUGCAUCCUUGGCGGGAACCAUAAUUGGUGAACUUCAAAUUGCUGGUUCCAAUUUGGUGUCCAAUACAUUGGCUAACAACAAUCAGGAAAUGGAACACAAAGGAACCACAAACAAUGAGGAGCAGGAGAACAACCAAGAUGGUUUCUUUAAAACCGGAGACAUUUGCGCCUAUCGUAACGGAAACUUUUAUUUUUUAAGUAAAAGCAGCGAUAUCUUCACCGUCGGCGGUUAUAAGGUAUACGGAUCGGAAAUCAAAAAGGUAUUGAUCUCACAUCCGAAUAUCAACGAUGUGGCUGUCUUAGGUAUUCCCAAUAAAAUGUGGGGCCAUCGUCUUGGUGUCAUAUGCAUUGUAUCCCCGGAUGCGGAUAUUGAUUUGGAUGCGAUCAAGACAUACUGCUAUCGCCACCUACCAGCCCACAAAUGCCCUACCGUUUUCAAGACCCUCGUUUCCAAGUAGAUAUAAGACGACCCCUAAGCCCAUAGCUGCAAAUUUAAGUGAUUACUGACUGUUAUGAUAAUAGAAAUAAAAAUAAUAAUAAUAAUAUCAUUUAAGCUUC